AUGGGUGAACAACAACAUUACGAAGAUGGAGUCUAUAUUCCAGAAACUUCAAGUUAUGUCCAAGAAAGCUAUACACAAACCCUGAGAGCUUUCGUAUGUCUGGUAGUCCUUGGAGUUGCCAGCGUGGCUGGUAAACCUGGUGGAGGUGGUGGAUGGUCAUCAGGGGGAGGUGGUGGAGGAGGAGGUGGAGGAUGGUCAUCAGGUGGAGGUGGUGGAGGAGGGGGAUCUAGCGGGGGGAGUGUUCAAAUUAUCAAAAUUAUCACUGAAGAUGGCGGUGGAGGUGGAGGCGGUGGUGGUGGUUGGGACUCAGGUGGUGGUGGAGGAGGAGGUGGAGGUGACUGGUCAUCGGGAGGAGGAGGUGGUGGCGGUGGUGGAUGGUCUGACGGAGGAGGAGGUGGAUCAGGGGGUGGUGGAGAUAUUAAGAUUGUAAAAGUUAUAACUCUCGGUGGAGGAGGAGGUGGAAGUGGUGGUGGUGGCGGUGGUUGGUCAUCUGGUGGAGGUGGAGGUGGUUGGUCAUCUGGAGGUGGAGCAGGUGGCGGUGGCGGAAGCUCAACUAAAAUCAUUAAAAUAAUUAAACUUGGUGGUGGAGGAGGAGGUGGUGGAGGAGGCGGAGGUGGUGGAUGGCAACCAUCUGGUGGGGGAGGAGGAGGAGGUGGCUGGAAGCCAUCUGGUGGAUGGGCUUGA